UGUUUCUUUUUGAUAUUCUCCCUAGCUCUGCAUGCAGUACUGGCCAGAGAAGACGUCCUGUUGCUAUGGCCCAAUUCAAGUAGAGUUUGUUUCAGCAGACAUCGAUGAAGACAUCAUCAACCGGAUAUUCCGGAUCUGCAACAUGGCCAGGCCCCAGGAUGGCUAUCGCAUAGUUCAGCACCUGCAGUACAUUGGCUGGCCAGCAUACCGGGACACCCCUCCAUCCAAACGCUCACUGCUGAAGGUGGUCAGGAGGCUGGAGAAGUGGCAGGAGCAGUACGAUGGGAGGGACGGCCGCACUGUGGUCCACUGCCUGAACGGUGGGGGACGCAGUGGCACCUUCUGUGCCAUCUGCAGUGUGUGUGAAAUGAUUCAACAGCAAAAUAUCAUUGACGUGUUCCACAUAGUGAAAACGUUACGGAAUAACAAGUCCAACAUGGUGGAGUCACUGGAACAGUAUAAAUUUGUAUAUGAGGUUGCACUGGAAUACUUGAGCUCCUUUUAGCCCAGCAGAGAGAGGGGAGCCUCCGACAUGGCAGACCCCGACCCCUGGCAGACGCUUCUCCCCUGUCCCACACUAGAAGGCGGUAACAAGUGUGGGAAGGAAAACCUCUCCUUCUUGGAGAAAGAGACUGAGACUGGACGGACCAGCUGGAAGGAGGAGAUGAUGCCUGUAUUUGCUGCUGCCUGCUUUCUAUUGGAGCAUCUACCGCUUCUUAAAUAACCUACUGUAAAAAUAAGAGAAAUGGGAGACAGGCUGAAGGACUGGACUUUCUAAUCCCCUCUGACUUCUCUCCUCUUUAGGAUUGUAUUUUUGCUGUCCUUGCUGAAGAGUGGGGAAAGAAUGAAACCUUUAGGAAAUUCUCUUCUAAAUGUCUCCUUUUUAAGUUAUUAUUUUGUUCUCAAAUCCCAGUCUUUAAUUUUUGAAUUUCAUGCAGCAGUCAUUUGGGAAAAAUGAGAUAGCCAUAGGGAAUUUAUGAAAUGUUUCAUUACGAUUUGCCUAUCUUAUCUGUUUUUGUUUUAUCUUCCAAAUGAAAAGGCCAACACCAAAAAACACUCGAUAUCUUUCCGCAUCUGGUUCCUUAUAGCAUGAAGAUGGUGGAGAUGAGGAGUUGUUGUUCAUGGAUUUGCAUCUUGGCUUCUCCACGUUUCCCCCCAGUUUCUCCCAAGGCUGUGCAUGAACUGGUUACAUCUCUCUGGUCCAUGUUUGUUUGUGUGCUGGUGAAGCAAUAUUAAUGAGUUUCCCAGCCACUUAAACCCUGAAGUUAAACAUUUGCAUCAAACAAAUUGCAUUUGUCUUGCAACUUUGGUAACGAUGUUACCAUAUUUUUCAAGUAUUUGCUGGGGUGCAGUGUGUCUUUGAAAAACAGGGUAUAAAGUAGGUAUUAUUGAUCAUAUACUAUGUAUUAUUAUUUUUUUAUUUAUUAUUUGUAUUGCUGUAGAACUUAGGACCCCUAGUCCUGACAGGUCCCUGCUGAACUAGGCUAGGCACUGUGCAAAUGAAGAACAAAGAAAGCUCCUGCUCAAGAGCUUUGAAUCUGAAGGUAAUCUUAAAAUUGAGUUUGAUCACGUUUUCCUCGCUGUUCCCAAACUGUUGUACAGUCAGACAUAGUUGAGUGAUUUAUUCAGAUUUUCAUCCCCUGCAAAUUUAAAAUGGUAACCCAUCCAAGCUGCAGGAAGGGUGAUGGACAUGCACAGAAACCUGCUCCGGCACCUGCUAAGAAAAGGCUUCAGCCAGCACAGCAACUUUCCAUCUUAAGCAAAAAGGCUUUUCUUUUGUUCUGCAGAAACGCCUGUGCAACUCUUUUUCUUUGCAACAAACAUCAGAAGGGUUUUGCCAUGGUUCUGGAUCUCGUUCUGACUUCUUAGAAGCUAAGAAAUUGCUUUUCUGAAAGAGUCUGUUUUAGGAGCUAAUCACUUAGGUCUGCAGGAUAAUCUCUGAGAUUAUUCUUAAAGGAACAAAGGAUUUAUGACAUUCAGUAUUUCAAUUUAGCCAUUUAUUUAUUCUGAGAGUGCAGGGAUCCAAGAUAGUCCAGUGUGUAAAUCAGAUUCUUGGUGAUGUAGGUUUCUUCAAACAUAGACUUGCUUAAAGCUAGACGGGUAAGGGAAGAGUUUAAGGAAAUUCCACUUUCUUACCAUUUCAUAGUAUUCCACCAUCAGUAAAUGCUCAGAAACUGUCAUGUCAAUGCCUCACAUAGAGAAUACCAGAAGCUUAAAAAAAUUUACCAAUUCCAUAUAUAAAUUCAAAAGGCACCUCUGCUUCAUGGUCAUUCUUUGCUUGAUAAUUAUAUCUUUGUCUUGACAAUUAAAUCUGAUUGGAACACUUACUGACUCAGAUAUAGCAGUACCUAACGAAGAAGUUAUCAUCUUUGUCAGGACCUGCAGCAGUCUAAGAAACAAGGCUCACUAUUUGGAAAUGGAAUCUUUCCUGCUGAGCAGAUGAGAGAUUUGCAUAGGAUGCUGAACCACCGAGCUGCUGUUCUUUCCAAGAAGCUUUGGAUUCUUGGCUUCUUCCAAGUGAAUACCUUGAAGGUCUCAGGCAGUUGUGCCACAAAGCAUCAGUGGGAACCCCCUCACAGGUGCCUCUGCUGUGUGUCAGGUUGGGCCCUACGUUCUGCAAGAAAUCACUAAAUCAACAUUGGAAUACAUUGGGGCAGCAGUGAAUGUCUGCUGUUUCACACAAUAAAUUGUUCUAUUUUUUUUCUAUUGCUGCUAAGCUGCACAAACAACUCUGCUGUAGAAUAAAAAGCAAAGCAAAAUCAUGACCUUUGAGAAGAAAAGGAUAAUAUUAGUGUUUGAAUUACAGGUGGUUUGCUUGGGGGCCGUUUGCAAAGAAGAGGAAAGAGGGAAUCCUGAUCCCAGGAUAGGAUUUUGCAAUUGCCAAGGUGAGAAGAAGCUACCAGCGAAGUGUUCAUGACUUCACUAACUCCAGAAAGCCAGAGGGAAUAACUCCCUAUGGAUGCUAUGGAAAUAUUAAUUAGUAUUUAGCAUUCUGUUAAUUUUACAUGGAAACUAGCAUACCCAUAGGACCCUUUCAGGAGUUACUGAAAGUCUAGUUCAGGCACUGAAGUUAAUGGCCUGGGUAAAAGGAAUAGAGAGGUAAAAUAAAUGGCAAUGUAACCAAGAAAUGAAGAGUAGGAGGUAGUUUCAGGCUAAGCAGUAGCGUGAAGGAAAGUGGAUUACAAAGCCAGCAGUCAGCCUAUAGGAGGGAUGUGCACAAAGAGAGAAGCAGAUGUUGGGUGAGCCAGGCAGAAGAGCUCUUGCAGUGAAGUUGUUUAAGGUCCUGAGGUAGGUUUAAAUGUAUUUUCAUGGUAUGAGGCAUGCUAGUACAGGGUCAGGUGCAAGCAUCAGCUGGCCAGCAGUAACCCACCACAUGCUUUUAGCCCUCUGCAAAUGCAAAGUGAUAGCAUAGAUUUCAGCGAAGGGUCUUUAAGCUACAUUUUACCUUAUAUUUGCAAGGAACAAGUUCAGUGCAAAUCAUGUUGGUUCAUACAGCCCAACUGUUAGCCACAGCUGACUGUGUGCCAGCUCAGGUCUGCGUUUCAGCCUUCUGGUGAUGUUCAGCCUACAGCCAGUGUGGAAGGGUGCUCAGCAAACACUAUGGGUGAUGUUGGUUGUGGUCCGAAGUGUUCCAUCAUCACACACAGGUACACUGAUUUUUGGGAACCCAGCUCCAGUCUGUAUUGGCAUCUUUGCACUGUUCUUUGCUGCACGCUUAUAUGUUGAAUAUGAAUUAAUGAUAAAGGGAAAGAGAAAAGAACUUGCUAUAAAUAACUUUCUUACCUUGAGGUUGUUUAAGCUGUGGAGAGGAGCCGGUAGCAACAUAGGCGACGUGCUUGAAGCAAGAUUGUGGGUGUUGGGUCUGUUUUCUCUGAGAAAGAGAGAAAUUUUGAGAUAAUAAAGGAGGUUUUCUCACUCUUGAAAAGAUUGACAAUCCAGGACAAGCUUUCCAACCUAAGUAUUGCCUGCUGCAGUUGGGGAGCAAUAAUGUAAGGUAGAAAAGGGGAAUUCCUCAGUGACUGAGUUUUAAGCUGUGUAAAUAUGAUAUGACAGUAUUUGAAUAGUCAUAAUGAAAACACUUAUUCCCAUUCUGACAUCCUUCAGGACUGGGUGAGAACUGUUUGUUGAUAGUAUAGUAGGACGGGGUGAGAACUGUUUGUUGAUAGUAUAGUAUUGGUCUAAAGUGUAAUCUGGAAUUUGGAAAACUAGACAUAAGAAGAGUAAGGGUACAGGGACUAUGUCACACACAGGGCAUAAGACAUCUUAAAUUAUUAAGAGAUGUAACUGAAGCAAAGAAUUCCAGAUCUACCUCCAGAUCUCCAGCCAGAUGCUGGAGAAGGAGGAACCUGGACUGUCAGCAAGAAAGAGAUAGAGAGAACAAAGUCUCUACAAGGUACAAUAGGUCUUGAUAAUUUGUUGGGUUGUGUUGGGUUUUUUUUGUUUGUUUGUUAUCUCUGUGAAAACUGCAUCCUUUGCUGCCAUCUUUUGUUAUUUUUUCCCUCCAGAGAAUGGCUUGUAAAGAAAAGUGUAGAGUUGACCUGUAGAUGGACUUGAGGUACUUGUUUAUUAAUGUGAAGGGAACAGACUGGGGCUGGGGAGUACAAUGUCAGUGUGAAGGUAGGGACUACUGGUAGCAAACAAGCAGAUGGGAUCUGGUGGUUUUAUUUAGUAGAUUGAGGUAACUGGUGUUCUCUGACCAGGGAAGUAGGAGACAUUUCAGUUCAUGAUUGAAAUUCAUUAGCAAAGUUGCAUGGAAUACUGCCGUGCUUAGUUAGCUUCAACUAGUUUUAUUAGUGCACUGGUUGAUCCCCCUUGGUUUAUUUGCAUUAGAGCCAUUUGAGUGAGCUAGAGUUGUCCGUGUUGGUCCACAGAUACCAGGUAAUUAGCAAUGAAAGAUGAUUUUUCCAUGCACAGAAAAACCUUCCUGCCACCUUUUGCACCAAAUCAAGCCACAAUACUGCAACCCGUCUCUCCCAUUCAGGCCCUGUCCACAUGGUGCCCACAUUUUAAGAAUGCCUUGGGGACUCCCAGAAAGUUGAUAGAUAUCAUGAGCAAUGUCUGUGAGCCCUGAUUGGUCUGGUCCAUGCACUCUGUAGGGCAGAGGUGGGAAUCGCAGAGCAUAGCUUUUGCCUAGAGAAGCACAUAUUUGUGUGUCAGUAGUUUCCUACCUUUUAUUCUGGAUCUGUAAGCUCCCUGUGAAAACGUCCAGUGGCAAUGCAAGACUCCACAGCAGUAGAUUUAAGCCUGCAGAUGGUAGAGUUGUUUUUCCAUGUAGUUUGCACAGGUCCUUGAGGAGUAGUUGGUGGGAUUUCCCCUGGGAAUCUCAGGCCAGGCACUGUGCAUGCGCUGCCCUUGGUGUCCCUUGGUCUGAGGAAGGAGAGAGGCUCCCAUCUGCAGCAGUUGUUCUGAAGGCAGCUGUCUGGAAGAGAAGGAAAGGAUAAGGAGAAAAGCAAACAGUGGAGGAGGAUUAAAUGGUGUCCUGAAACAGGUGAGGAACUUCCACUUUGUUCUGUUUCUUAUUCUUGCAGGGAUAUACUUACGUCCUUCCUACUCUUCUGAGUUUGUGCCAGGAUCAUAAAAAAACAGGUAGUAACACAUUCUGCUCUGCAGAACUCUCUAGAGAGGGAGCAGGCAGUGUAACAGAGGGAAUAAAUCCCGAGGGACAAAGAUAAAAGAUUUCCUUGAGAGGAACCUUCAAAUCUGCUGUGCCUCUGUCACACUGGCAGAAAUCUUUGCAAGUCAGCACAGAGCAUUGCACAGUCCUGGCAUAUUCCUCCAUUGCAAUUCAGUGCAAAUGUUGCACUUGGAAAACGUUGUCCUGUAGUAAAUUUAAACAAUAUCUCAUUGGUAGCGCAGUUUUAGUCAUUGCAAAGGGCAUCUCAAGAACUUGUAUUCUAAUUUGAGGUUCUUCCUAAGUGUACAAAGUUCACUUCAGCUUGUUAGGAACACGGAUGGGACCCUGUGCUGAAAGUGCUUCAGGAUGAUCUCUGCCUGUGAGUAUGAAGCUCAGUAUACCUCCUUGAAGACCAGAAAGUGGUAGAACAGAAUACUGCACCUCCCUGCACAGACCUUUCCAGGAGCAGAAACUGAGAGAGCCAGCUAAUUAAAGUUUGGUAUACAGAAGGGAGUAAUGAGGAUUCUGUUAACCCUCCUACGUUCAUACUUAUUUAGAUUGCAGUCUUCUAUAGCCAUACAUACAUGCUAUACAAUUUAAAUGCAAGUGCCCUUCCUUUCCCUGUUCCCCAGUUCCCUGUAGCUCUUCCUCCAUUGAGGGCCAUCCAACAGCACAGAAGCAAAGCACACUUUCUGCAGUUUUGGCGAGGGAUGCUAGGAAAAUGUAUCAUGUAGUAUCUGCUUAUUGACUUGGACAAAUAUCAGUCAUCUUCCUCAUCAUAGAUAUACCUGAAGAAUGUACAGCUGAGUGUAGCAGUUGAGUACAUUCAUGCAUUUUCAUACACCAUGGCCAAAUCCUGGUGGUUCUGAGUUUGAUGGAGUGACAAAAAACUCACUGGCUUCCAGUGGCCUCAAGUCUGUAAUCUUUAUUUUCUGUGUUAAAUAUUUUUAAAGUUUCCCUUAUAAGCAAUACAUGGCAUUCAAUAUCUACAGCUUCAUGUCAGAGUCGUGAAAACCUGGCAGCUUCUUCCAUUUGUGAAAACGAGCAAAAUCUUUCCAUCCCUGUCCCAGUGCAUUUGGCAGGUUGUUCACCCUUAUUCUCUGGUUUCAACCCUUACCUUAAGAAACAAAAUUAUGCAGAAGAUAGAUGCAGUGUUCCCGUGGUAUUUCUUUGUGGAGGGAAAAAAAAAAAAAAAAAGGAAAAAAAUGUUCUUCUUGCAAACCAGUUCAGUGUGAGCUGAUUCUAAGCUGCAUGGCCAUGAGCCAGUUCACACAGUUGGAAGUGAGGUUUGCUUGUUGUUGUGAUGUGAUAUAUGCCAUAGGUGUAACCUUUGGGACCAGUCCUGGUCUGUUCUGUGCAGGUUUCCAAUAGAAUAGGGGUCACUGUAGAGGAAUCAGUUAUUGCAAGUGAUAGUAUUUCAGUGAAGGUUUUGUAAGGGAGAUCUGUUACCCUGGAACACAACUUUCUGGGGGACUUGGUGAGCUGCUCAAGCAGGUGGCUCUGUGGAGGUGUACGUCCUUCUGUGAGCACUUCAUCCUUCACUGGGCACCUCCAGGAAAUCUUGCUUGUGUGCAGUUAUGAAGAAAUGCAUUUGCAGAGGUGUUUUUGGGUGCACGGCCGGCGCUUCGCAAGCUUCAAUGAGUUUAGCUAUUCGGAAAGCCUUUCCAGGGCACCUGAUGGUUGUUGGCAUUGCUGAACUAGCUCUAACACUUCCCAUGCAGGACUUUCGUGUACAUGGAGCAGAACUGGCAUGACCCUCUUCACCUCUGUAGCCCGUUCUUAAGUCUCCAGCACUCAUGCUGCAUUUCAGUGCAAAAGCCGCAGCUGUGCCCUUGCCACAUUUAACCCAUACUGACCGAACGCACUGACAGAAUUCACUCCCAUGUUGAUUUCAUCUCCUUCCCCCUGCGCCGAUCCUGCUGAAAUUGAAAUGCUGUAGCAUCACUUGUUGCCAGAGCUGUUACUCCUGCAGUCAGGAUGCUGUGGCCGUACUGGGGUGAGCAGCACCCUGCCCAGCACCCCACACGUGCUGCAUCAGCGCGUCUCUGCUGUCGGAUUCUGCCCCCACCUCCCCCUCCUUUGGCCUUUAUGGAUUACUGGUGAAACUCACUUGUACAGUUUGGAUGUUUGAUAGAUAAAGCACGUAUGAAAAAAAAAAA